CUAAUGUGAAUGCUAAAGAUAGAUUUGAUGUGACACCACUACAUACUGCAGCAGAGCUUGGGCAUGAAGAAUGCCUGGCAUUGUUACUGAAAGGAGGUGCUGAUUGUAACAUUAGUACAAAAUACUCUAAACAUGGUUCAUAUACAGCUGUUCCACACCCUGGAGGAACAACACCACUACAUCUAGCAUCAGCAAAUAAUCAUGUAAGAUGUGUCAAGUUACUGAUCUGGAAUGGAGCAGACUACAAUGCCGUGGACGAGCGUUGUAGAACCAGUUUGUAUUUAGCCGCACAGCAAGGAUUAGCCCAGUGUGUUCAUGCUCAUCUAGAUAAUGCUAUAUGGAAAGAUAUUUUGUCACUCCCAGAGAAACAUACAGGAGAUACCCCUCUUCAUGAAUGUGUGCGCAAAAAUCUUCUGGACUGUAUAGUGAAACUGUUGGAAAGAGGAUCAGAUGUGAAUCAUCUCAAUCAUGCAGGCUUCUCUCCGCUACAUCUAGCCAUCUGUGCUGGGGAAAACUUCAAUAUAGAAAUAGUGAAAUCUCUCAUUGUGAAAGGCUACAACACAAAUGUGAAUCUCCCAGAAACCUCAAAUUGUUUUACGCCACUACAUUAUGUAUGCUUCAAUGAUGCACAACAUCAAGAAAGACGGCCUGAUGUGGCGGUGUUACUUCUAGCAUACGGUGCUAACUAUAACAUACGAAACAAACAUGGUGACAGUGUCCUUGUUAGUGAACUCCGAGGUCGCCAUAGGGAUACAACAAUACUCAGUGCAAUAGCUAAAUGUAUGACUCACCUACCAAGUCUUGAUGCGCUGGGGCUCGGGGCAUUUCAUGCUAACCAAAAUCCAUUAAUGAUGCCCCCGCCCCUACAUUCUCCACCCCCCGUACACCUUAUUCGUCAGGAUCAUCAAGACAUCAGACAGCAUCAAAUAAACAUGGCAAGAUUGUGGUCAGAAAACCAGCAAGCAAAGUUCGCUUGGUACAAAGAAAUGUUAAAAGGACCACGGAGUUUGCAGCAUUACUGCAGAUGUGUUAUAAGGAACAGUAUGGGCCCAAAAAGACUUCGAAAAAUCGAUGUGUUACCAUUACCUACAACUAUGAAAGAAUUUUUAUUAUUAGAACACGAAGAAUUUCGAUGAAUUCCAUUAUAUGUGUCAAGACAAAUUGUUAUAGUUAUGUGUAACUGUUAAGAUUUUAUGCCAAGAAAAAGGCAAAUGUUACAGAAAAAUAGCAAUAAUCAUGGGGUUUGAUUUUUCAUUUUUAUGUUAUUAACAUUAAUUUUUUUGCAAAUUUUUUUUUGCAUAAAUGUUUAGAAAAUUCUAGAUAAACAAGUGUUCAGAAAAUUCUAGAUAAUCUUGUUUCAGGUUGAAACUUCCAAAUAAUAGUGAAAUAUGUUUGCAUAGUCCAGCAAUUAUAAAUUAAAAGCAUUUACCUUAGUAUAGAAAGAUAAUAUACGUGUACGUGUAUGUUAAAUAUAAUAGUGCAAUGACAUUUUCAUUUUGUAAACUUAAUCAAUGCGUAUAUAUGUAUUUUAUUGAAUACACAGGACUGACUUGUUCAAAUUUUUUCCAAUAGUUGCAUAGAUAGAGAUUCGAAUGAUCAGUUCUUACUAUAGGUCAUAUUUACAGGCUGUCAGCUAACCCCUAUAUUUUUAAAAUUUUUCCUGUAUUGCUGAACUUUCAACAUAGAACUAUAUUUCAUACUUAAAAGGUUGUUGUUGUUUUUUUGUUUAAAUGCAAAAAUUCCUAUUUUCUAUAUUUUUUGAGUUUAAAAUUUAAAUGUGAAAAUUUCAAUAUUUUAUUGGUUUAAACAUGAAAUUUUCUAUAUUGAGUAUUUUGGGGUUUAAAGGUGAAAAUUCCUAUAUUCUAAAUUUUGGUUCUAUAAAUGAAAGUUCCUAUAUUCUAUAUUUUGGGGAUUCAAUAUGAAAUUCCUUUGUUCUUUAUUUUGGUUUAAGUGUGAAAAUUCCUAUAUUCUUUAUUUUGGAAUUCCAAUAUUCUAUAUUUUGGAUUCUAUAUUCUGGGGUUUAAAUGUGGAAAUUCCUAUAUUUUGGGGUUUAAAUGUGAAAAUUCCUAUAUUUUGGGGUUUAAAUGUGAAAAUUCCUAUAUGCAGUCUGUCUAUAGAGGAAGCAACACUUGUUAUUUUAUGAAUAUAUAUUGAUUAUGAAAUCUAUUAAUUUGUUGAAAUAGAUAUUUUUGAACGUCAUAAAAUGUAUAAAAUUAUUUUUUUUCUCACCCUUUGAAAUAAAAGGGGGAUUGCCAGAUUGGCACAAUACAAUAUUUAGAAA